GUGUCAAGUGCUCGCCACAAAAGCAUAAACAAUAAACAUAUAAAAUAAUUUAAGGCACAACGCUUCGUUUUUGAUUGACUACACCAUAAAUUGAAAGCAUGAGCUCUUCUAAUACCAAUACCAAUACCAAUACCAAUACCAACACCAACAAUGUGAGCAAUAUGUACAAUGCGAACGAUUCCAAGGCGAACUCUCGCUAUCACAUGUCCGCACUGUACGACAAUAACUCAGUGGUGCACACACGCUUCAUAACUGGCAGCAGAUAUGAGGGCGCCUGGAACUCUGGCACACAUACAAUGGACGGCCUCGGCACAUAUCGCUAUCCGGAUGGCAGCGAGUAUCGCGGCGGCUUCUUUCGCGGCAAGUUCCAUGGCUAUGGGCAUUUGAAGCUGUCGCAUCCGUAUCGCUUUACCAUCAAAGGCGUUUUCGAAAAGGGCAAGCUGACGAGCGUGAAGGACAUGUGGUUCAGCGAUGGCUUGCAUGUGAUGGGCGCCUUCAUUAAUGGCCAAUUCGUGGCCGAUGAUUGGGACUAUCUGACGCCUAAGGAUCGGCGUUAUCAAGCGGAGCGCGUCUAUGGCACACAGCCAGUGGGGCCCACAUCCUAUUUGACCAGCAACCUGGUUUCACGCAAAGUGCCCAAGAACUGCUACGAUGCGGAGGAAGGCAUAUUCAACGACAAGACGGGUUGGCUAACGGAGCGACCACAUCCCUUGAGCAGAGCUCUGUACAUCAGUUGUCCCAAUGAAAAGCGUUGGAUUAAGCGCCACUGCCGCGGCGAGCGCUCCAACGUCACUGUCGAGCCCUGCUCCAAGGACUGUCGCAAGAUCAUGCAAAACAAUUUGGAAACUGAGCAGAAACAGCUAAGAAAAAUUGUCAUCUACGCACCUGACAAGCAAUUCGAGCUGCAACGCUAUUAUCCCAAGCUAUGCAAGGACAUGGACCGCGCCGAUCGCUGUUCAUCGGAGCAUGAGUUUAAGUCGUCGCGCCUGCCAGGUCAGCCCGCAUCUCCUACUGAGGAAUGUCUACGCAAGCACAAGCAGCUGGAGAACGAGCGGGCUGAGGAAAUACUUAGACAGCACCAGCUACAUCAUCCAGAUGAACCACUGCCCGACUUGGAGCGUGCUCGCCAGUGGACCAGCAGCUCUGAGCUCAACAAUUUUGACUGCAGUGCCUCACUCUCAGUCUCGGAGAGUCCCACCGAUAACUCCUUACAAGAGAAGGUCAAGAAAUUCUACGCAAGCGCAGCGGUAAUGAACCAAAAGAAAGCCACCAGCACAUUGAAUGUGGUGCAAUCGAAUCUACAGCGGCCCAGCAGCUUUGUAGAUGUAUCACGCUCUAUAUUUCAGCUGUAGUUUGAGGGUCUAGUUAACUAGAAGUGUUAAAAAUAGUGUGCAGAAAUUUUAGUAUUAGGUGAUGAUAAAUAUUGCAUUGGAAAUAUAUUUC